ACGUUAUCUUACCGGGGGGUGCAGGAUGAAUAGUAACUGUAGCAUUGGGUUAUCAAUACCUCAUUAAUAUAACAACUCAACAUUCAGCUAGGACUUCCACUUCCAAACUGAGAAUGAACCUUUCAGCCAAGAGGACUUCGAGUUCCAGCAGCGUAGUUCGGUUUCAGUUAUCUUCAACAAACUCUUUAAUCAUUCAGAUAGGAGAUAUCUCCAAAUGGUUCAUCGAUGGUUCCACGGACGCAAUCGUAAAUCCUGCAAAUAAGGGAAUGGUUGAAGAUAAAGAUGUAACUCCAAAGACUAAGAUAGUGUGUGCUCAAGCCAUACACAAUGCUGCAGGUUUGGAUCUUCUCAGAGCAUGCAAAAAUGUUCCGGAAGUCUUGCCCGGAGUUCGCUGCCCAACCGGGGAAGCAUUUAUCACACCAGGUUUUAUGCUGCCGGCUUCUCAUGUUAUUCAUACUGUUGGACCAAUCUACAAUGUUGAUAGUAACCCUGCUGCCUCACUGGCAAGUGCUUACCGGAACUCUCUGAGGAUUGCAAAAGAGAACAAUAUUCAGUAUAUAGCAUUCCCAGCCAUAUCUUGCGGUGUCCAUGGAUACCCUUAUGAUGAGGCUGCUACUGUGGCAAUUUCUACCGUCAAAGAGUUUCAAUAUGAUUUUAAGGAGGUCCACUUUGUUCUCUUUGCAUCUGAUAUUUGUGACAUUUGGCUGAAUAAGUCGGAUGAAUUGCUGAAAGAUUAGUGUAAGAUUCGCAUCAUUUAGACUCGUGCAAGUAGUUAAUUAGAACAUUUCAGAUGGUAUUUUUUUCAUGUUAUCAUUUUCUCUUGAAUGUUAGAGAGAUUUGCUAUUUUAUUCUACAAAAAAGACUUUGUUGUUCACGGUGUGCUUGCUUCUGAAUUCAUAAUGGAUGAAUGUGUUAUUACA